CAGAUCUGGACGUCGCCGAUGAAAAUGCCACAGAGUCGCUGGUAGAGGCGGCGAUGAAUACGCGUUAUAGCGACAAUGUGGAACGGUCGAGAGGGGUAGCACGAAGACACUCGCCACACCAGGCAGCACCAGCACAGCUGUCAGUGACAUCCACUCACACGCUCACCCAGACCCACGCACACGCACACGCACACCACCACACACACACACACAGCCGACUCAACUCAUUGUCCCAGUCACAGGUGAAUGCACAUCUGCCGGAGGAUUCAGACACACAUACGCACACACCCCCCCCGGGCAAGCCACUGGCGUGUCAUGGACGGGUGGCGCAG